AUGAGCAUAGUCCUAUCUUCCGAGCAAGAGCCUGAAGGCGAUGCCCCAAACUUCAUCGCUAACCGUGAGGCGGAGCGCCCGCCUUUCCUCGAUGCGACUAUGGCCUAUCCCGCAUUCGCCAAUGAAGUCGUCAAUUACCUGUACUCCAUCUCCACCACAUUGAUACAGGAGUACAUGAACAAAGACACGUUCCAGGCCUGUGCUCCCCCUAACGACGUUGCCAUCAAGUCACUACAUCUACGCUUCGAAAUUAAGUCCGCGAAGCAUGCCGAGACACUUUCCGGGUUGGGGCCUUUCUAUCUCGCUUCCUCGCUGGAUAGGCUACCUGGCAUUCACCCAGUUGUGUACUUUAUGAAUGCUCUACUAGUGACCUUGAUCGCACACGGCAACAACUUAAGACGGGCAACUACUUCAGCAGACGAAUUACCACCGACACGCGCAUCGAUCCAGCGCAGCGAGAAUGCUCGAAGCCGGCCCGACGAUAUAAAGUUUACAUGGUCAUACAAAACGCCACUCCGUCCAAUUUUCAUCGAUCCUGCGGUCGUGUAUCCGAUGGAAAAUGGUACUCAUUCAAAAGGGAGAAAGUCUUCUGCUGUGCUGUGCGAUUCGUCAAUUGGACUAAACAAAGAGUGAGCACCGGCUUCGGUAGCUGAAAGAUGUGAGGAGCGAAAAGGCUACCGUCGGAGCUUCCCACAUUGCUUCUUCCACAACAGCUCACUCAACACCAAACACCGCUCUGUUGAUAAAGCACCGUUGACGCCGAUCCUUAUGUUCGGUCUCUCUUCGAUCCGCCAGCCCCACAAACCAAAGUGCAGAAGCAGCAGGGGAAUAAAGCGGGUGUGCGCAACAUCUGCCCGUGUCGUUCCGAGCCCUUCCACGCCAUUAAUCAGCAUUCUCUCGCGCUUGAAGCGUGCUCCGUCGUUUCGUCUCCGCCGGCGUCGGUGCCACGGUGGGUCGUCAUAUUCGGGCGGCACGGCUCUGCCCCAACAAAAUGUGAGAUUCACAUGACUGUUAGUUUCUCACCGUCGUACGAGCC